AUGCCUCGCAAUGCCAGCGCAGUCCCGUCCUUGCGGAAGGGACCGAACUGGUCCUCCCACCUUCGGCAAUUCAGCCGGAACAGCCUCGAGCCGCCAUCGGCGACAUCGUCCAUCGAUUCGCCGCGGUCUCCCGAUACCGUCUCCAGCGCAUCGACGAUCCGAGGCGACAACUCGUCCAGCUCCGUUAAGCAGCGCCGCCUCGAGCGGAGAUGCACCGUCACCGUCAACGAGGGCUACUCGCGCGACGAGGUCCUCCUGAGCCCGGAUUUGGUCAAGGGCGACGUCAAGCCGGGCAGCCUAGUAGCCAUCACCGUAAUCAGGACCGAGGGCGAUAAGACAGCCACCAAGGAUCAUGCGGCUCGCAGCGGCAACGCUUCCGGCGGCACUGGGGCCGGAGCCGGGGCCUCGCAGGGAGACAACACGACCGCGGAGGGCACAGCGCUGGGAAGGAAGUACUUCUUCGUCGCCAAGGAGAUGUCCAAGGAGCUUAGGAGCCGCUUGCCCAACGUGGACAUUUAUGUCGUCAAGCACAUCGCCGACGCAUUUGGGAUGAAGAAGGGCACGCAGGUGCUCCUGACGCCCGUCGAUGCGGAUAGCCCCGCCACGGCCGCCUCGCAUGUCGAACUCUCGUUUAAGGACCAAUACCUCUCGCGCUCCGACAUGUGGCGGCUUGCCAUCGGCGAGCUGACGGAAAGGACCGUGUACAAAGGUCAGUCGAUACUGUUCAUGGGCACGAUCAAGGCGCAAGUCACGGCCGUGUUUGUGGACGGGCGCAAGACGCAUUCGGCCUUCUUCACGAGCAACACGAGGCCCAUCUUCCGCAGUGAGUCGGCGCGAUACGUGCUGUUCAUACAGAUGGCACGCGAGAUGUGGGAUUUCGACUCGGAAGGGUCCGGCGAGAUCCUCUUUAACAAGGUCGUCAACGGGUUCCUGCCGGCGCUGUUCAAGAAGUGGGCGAAACUGAAAGCGAAGCACCUCGUGAGCAUCGUGCUGUUCGCGAGAGUCGAGUACGACACGGGCCUGACGACGGAGCUGGCGAGCAGCACGCUGCACGGGGACUACUACACAGGCACCCAGAUCUCGGGGGAGCGCAGACCGUACAAGGACUUUUACCGCGUCGUCGUGAGCGACAUGGCGAGCGGCGAGUGGACGACGAUCCUAUACCAGCUGAAGCGCGAGUUCAACUUCUUCCGCCGGGACAUCAGCCUGCACCACCAGCAGGCCGGCAGCGCGUUCGUGCCGCUGGCCGAGGAGAUGGGCGGCAAGGGCGUCGCGUCCAACAGGGUCAAGGCCGAGUCGUCGCUGGCCAUGCAUGGGAACUUCCUCGAAGCCAUCAACCUCGCGUCGUCGCAGUUUGCGCACGAUUACGUCGACCGCGACCUCAUGCGGACGGGCAUCUCCAUUGUCGUCAUUAGCCCCGGGCCCGGCGUGUUCGAGGUUGAGUACGAGUCCCUCCGCCGGACGACCGAGGCCCUUGUCGGGAACGGCAUCGGUAUCGACCUCAUCUGCGUGCCCAAGAUGCCCCUCCACUCCGUUCCACUGUUCCGGUACCGUACUCCUCGGACGUCGGAAGACUCGCAUGGCCUAUCUAGGUCGAGGUCCGUACGGAGCCGCGAAAGCACGCCGAAGCAGCAGGCCACGCCCAUCAUCGGCAGCUAUCAGUCGCUGUCGGAGUCGCUGUCCCCGACCAAGGGGCUGGAGCUCACCCACCGCAUCAACACCCUGGCGAACCCUCCGGACGAGUGGUCGUACGCGCUGCCGCAGUGGCUGCACGUAUCGUACUGGACCGGGACGUCCGAGGAGGCGCUGUCGUAUCAAGGCAUCGCGAUCUCGGUGUCCGACCAAACGGAGGAUCAGGAGAGCGACGACUUUACCAUCCGCGCGCGCAUGUACGACCUGCAGAUGCGGAGCGUUCUAGAGACCAACGAGAUCGAGACAACGCCGCUACAGGCCGACCCGCUGUUCCCCAUCACCACAACCGAGUCCAAGAGCUCUUCGCAGCGGUCGCGACUGGGGACGGACGAGAUCGCCGCGAUCCCCAUGAAGCGCCACCCGGACACGCUCGUCGACCACGUCUACGGGUUCCAGAAAUUUGUGCCGGACCGGCUUGUCAAACCAGGCGAGAAGUCGCUCUGGAAGCAGCUACAGGAGUACGACGAGACAAGGGCGCGGCUGCCCAAGUCGCGACGCCCCGCGCACGCUAGGGCGUCGCGGGACCUCGAGGAGACGACGAGGCGGCAGCUGAUGGAGGACACGGGUUUGUUUGGCACAUCGCUGCCCGAGAAGAAGGUCGCCGCGAACCAGGGCCUCGCGGCCGUCGCCGCGGGGCGAAAGCUAUCGGUCAACAUUACCGACGCCGAGAAGGCCGAAAUUGUUGCGUCGGCACGGAAAGCCACGAGCCGUCCGCCGUCGACGGCAAAUUCCGCCGGCGGGCCGACGCCCUCAUCGGCUUCGUCGUCGACGCCCGACUCCCAGAGCGCGACGUCCAAGAUGUCGUCGGUGAGCUCGCCCUCGAAAGCGCCCAAGUUCAUGCGGCAGAUCAGCCUCGGCCUGCGCGGGUUCGGAGUCGCGGCGCCAAAGGUCGUGGCUGCUGAGGCCAGCUUCGAGACGGUCAAGGCUUCCACCGAGCAGAGCGCGCAGAGCCCCGCGACGCCGCUGGUCAUGUCGACGCUGCCGCGGCCAUCGUCUCCGCAGAUCAUCAAGCCGGCGGCCAUGUCAUCACUUUCGCCCCAGCUGUUCCGGUCGAGCUCGCGGGAUACGCUCAGAGACCUGCCGUCUACGCCGAGCAUACCCAUCAAUCUGAAGUCGUCGCGCAGGGGCGAGAGCUUGCUGAGCCAGCAGCACCGGUAUGGCUCGAUCCUGCCAUCAUCGCUGGCGCGCAAGGACAAUUUCCGCGAGGAUCCCGACCAGAGAAACUCGCACGCCUUGAGGGCCGAGGACGACAAUACUAAAAUGUUCAACAGCAAGCUGCGUGCUGGGGCCAUGCCCGAGUUGCCGUCUACGUUGUCGCCGACCACGGCGAUCUCGCCCUGGCUCACGGUUCUGAACCCGUCCAACCCGGACCGGAACAAGGUUGACGACACCGUGCUUUACAGCCGAUGGCAGCACGUGUUUCCGCGGACGUCGGAGAUGAAGGUCAUGAAAUGGAAGGCGCUUUGCUGUCCGGCUGCCGUGCCGCUGACAACGGAGUACUUCCCUACGAAAGCACAAUUUGACAUGGAGUACCAGAGGCAGCCCUACGUGAUUGCGCAGAACGCCGAUGACGAGCUCGCCGACGAACCCAAGUCGAGGGAGGAGUUCCUGCGCGAGCUUAUCAGUCUGCGCUUCUCUCAGGGCUUCCAGGUCGUCGUUGGCCCGGCCGUCGCGAAAGCCUUUGGGCAGCGGCUGCUCCGGAUCGCAGACAUCUUCUUGCGCGACCAAGCGAUGGAGGACGGCACAAGCAUCUUCCUGUCGGUGGGCAACACGAUCCACCAGCUCUCAUGCGUCAACGGCACGGAGGUCGAGGUGAACAUCUACAUACGGAAGCCGGCCGAGUCGACCAUUGGGGGCUCCAGCUCGGGUCCGCUGUACCGCCCCGCCAUCCGGACCCUGAUGGAGAGCGGAUAUCAGACGCAGGAGGUCGACAUAUCGACGCCGAGGCCGGAGAGGAACUGGAACUACAUCGACUCCUACCUCGCCGGCCACCACGAAGAGAUGACGGAGAACCUCCGGUUCUGGCGGACGCGGUUCGUGCUCAUCCCGAUGGUGGCCCGAUCGUCGGCGGUGCCUAGGAACCAGGCCGGGGACAACGCCGAGGAGGUUCGGCUGGAGGGCAUCAGAAGGCUGUCGCUGUCCUGGCAGAAGCACCGGUACAUCCCGGUGUCCGAGCGCAGGUACCAGACGGCCAAGUCGAAGCGGGACCCCAACCCGUUGGACAUUGUGUACAAGACGGAGGACCCGUCCGUGGUCAUCGCGGCGGAGCUCGACAACCUGCCGCUGGUGGAGGGCCUCGCCGAGAACCGCAAGAGACAGCUCGUCUCAAGCCGGGAGCGCUUUCGCAAGUCGAACCUGAACCUUGCGGCGCUAGCGGAGGCGAUACAGCAGCCCGUCGAAAACGGCGGGGUCAAGCUUCAGAACCGGAGGUGGCACUUGCGGCUGCACUACAACUGCUUCAUCGGGUCCGACAUGACUACGUGGCUCAUGGACAACUUUGAGGACUUGGACAGCCGCGAGGAGGCGGAGCAGCUGGGUAACAUGCUUAUGGUCAAGACGUACGACAGGUUAGACGACAAGAAGGACCGCGGAGGACUGUUCGAGCACGUGGAGAGACGUCACCCAUUCAGGGACGGGCAGUACUUUUACUCGAUCGCCAGCGAGUACGCGAAGCCACACCCGCCAAGCUGGUUCAACUCGCGCCGGCGCGACGUCUCGGUGCCGUCGACGCCCAUGUCGGAGAACAUGCCGCGCGACUCGCCGCGGCCGAGCAUGAUCUCGCGGCCGACGUCGAUCAACGAGGAGAACUCACCCAUAUCGGGGUCCACGACCCCGACGGCGAACUCGGCCUUGCUCAACAAGAAGGUUCCCAAAGUGGUGCUCAGCAAGGUCAUCAAGUACGACGUGGACCACCGCAAGCGGUCGUACCGCCCCGAGCGCGUCGACCUGCACUACGACCGGCUGCACAACCCGGACAACUGCUACCACAUCCGCAUCGACUGGAUGAACGUCACGGCGAAGCUCAUCGAAGACGUCGUGGAGGGCUGGGCCAGGGAGGCGGCGACGUACGGACUCCGGCUCGUCGAGGUGCCCAUCACGGAGGCGUGCUCCAUCACGGACGUGAACCCGUUCCGGCGGCCGUACAUCAUCAAGCUGUCUGUGCCGCCGCCGAGCCAGCAGCCGGUGACGUACUACGAGCCCAACUCGUUGGCGCCGCAGACGGCGCCGGGCAAGCACUUUUACCAGAAGGCCAUCAUGCGGAAGCUCGACUUCGUCCUCGACAUGGAGGCGGCCUCCAACUACCCGCGGGACGUCGAGGUCAGCUUCUCCUGGGGGCGGCCGGACUUCAAGUACUCGCAGUACAUCCACCGGUCGGGCGUGCUGCUCGCCGAGAUCACAGACGACGGGCACUUUCUGGUCCUCGCCAACAGGCUGUUUAGCAACCGCGCCGCGGCGGCGCGGGACAAGGAGCUCAAGGAGAUGCGGGAGGCCAACGUCGCCGAGCGCGGCGGGCGGAGCAUGCCCGUCGGGUCGUACACGCCGUUCGGCAUCUCGGAGCAGACGCCGGUGAACAGCCCGAUGGUGAAGCCCGUCUUCUACGCGGGGAGCCCAGUGGUGCGGGGGGCUUCUGAAAUGAAGUCUGGGGCCAACAGCUCGACGGGGAUCGCAAACGGCGGCGGCGGCGGCGGCGCGUCUGGGUUUGUCGGGGCGGCGGACCCGAUGGCGAUACUGGAGCAGCUGGCCGCAUUCUGCAGCGACAAGGCGGGACUGGAGGGGUUUUACAAGGAGACGCUGGAGAGGGGCCCGCCGGGGGCGAUGACGACGCCGGGGGCGAUGAGGCCGACGACGAUAAUGGGGCUGGAGGCGGUGCCGGAGGCCAGCAUCCCGACGCUGGGGUUGCCUGCCGGGGUGCUGGGGGACCUGCACUCGUCGGGCCUGGGGUCGGGGUCUGGAGGGUCCGGAGGGCCGGAGGGGCUGCGGGGGCUGGGAGGGGGGAGCCCGAGCCCCGGGCCUUGGAGCCUCAUGAGCAGCCCGGCGGGGGGGAUGCAGUUCCUCAGGAGGGCGAGUGUGCAGGACGGGCUGGGACUGGGGGGGCCUCGGAGGGAGGUCCGAGACAGGGAGCGGGAAUGA